UUCUCACCCCUCGUUUUCGACUCGCAUCACGCCCAAAGCCCGAACGAGAGAGAGAGCGAUUAUGAGGUCGGUGGCUGCGGUAUUUCUUUCCAGGAGGAGAUUCGCUAACUUCAUUCGCGUUCGCCCGAACAGAAGAAACAGCCUCCGCUGCUUCUCGUGCUCCUCCGAUGCCGUCGAUGCGACGAAGGACGGCGGCGGGGAUGUGCCCCACUUACCCGUGCUUAUCGUCGGCGCCGGCCCUGUCGGGCUCGUUCUCUCUAUCCUGCUCACCAAAUUGGGUGUCAAAUGCUCAAUUCUGGAGAAAAAUGUGGCUUUUUCUCAACAUCCACAGGCUCACUUCAUUAACAAUAGGACCAUGGAGGUGUUCCGGAAGCUAGAUGGUCUGACAGAGGAAAUCCAGAAUUUGCAGCCACCUGUAGAUUUGUGGAGGAAAUUCAUAUACUGCACUUCUUUAUCUGGUUUAGUUCUUGGAUCCGUGGAUCACAUGAAGUCUCAAGAUGUGGACAUGGAACUUAGCCCUGUUUCUGUUGCACACUUUUCUCAGUACAAAUUGAUGAAAUUGCUACUAACAAAGCUUGAAAAUCUUGACUUCUCUGUUUGCUAUCCCAAUUCAUCUAGAAGCUCAACCUGGGAUAGGAAAAUUUUGAUGAGCCACGAGUGCAUCUCUAUCCACCCUACACAAGAUGGUGUAAAGGUCGGAAGUUCCUUUUGCAAGGAAGGGAAGAUAGAAGAAAGAUUUUUUCACUGCAGCAUCCUUGUUGGGUCUGAUGGUGCUAGAAGUACAGUUCGAAAGCUGGUUGGCAUUGAUAUGAAGGGUGAAAGAAACUUGCAGAACCUUGUUAGUGUGCAUUUUUUAAGCAGAGAUCUUGGGCAAUACCUGCUUCACGAAAGGCCUGGAAUGCUCUUCUUUAUCUUUAAUCCUGAUGCUAUUGGGGUACUUGUUGCACAUGAUCUGAACCAGGGAGAGUUUGUUCUCCAGGUACCGUAUUAUUCUCCUCAGCAAAAAUUUGAGGACUUUAACCUUAAGGUAUGUGAGCAAAUAAUUCUCAAGCUGGUUGGUAGGGAGCUUGCUGAUUUGCAAGUAUUGGAUAUAAAACCAUGGGCCAUGCAUGCAGAAGUAGCUGAGAAGUAUGUUUCAUUUGGCGGCCGAGUUGUACUUGUUGGUGAUGCUGCUCAUCGUUUUCCACCAGCUGGUGGCUUUGGAAUGAAUACAGGUAUUCAAGAUGCACAUAAUUUAGCAUGGAAAAUCAGCUUAAUAUUAAAUUCCAUUGCUUCAUCUUCUAUCAUGCAAACUUAUGAAACAGAGCGAAGGCCGAUUGCCAUUUCUAAUACAGUAUUGAGUGUUCAGAACCUAAAGGCAGCAAUGUCUGUUCCGUCUGCUCUUGGCCUUGAUCCUACUGUUGCAAAUUCAGUGCAUCAAAUAAUAAACAGCAGUGUUUGUUCUAUUCUACCUCAAAGCCUGCAAAAGUUUGCCUUGGAGGGAAUUUUUUCUAUAGGACGUGCUCAAGUUUCAGAGUUUAUUUUGAAUGACAACAACCCAAUAGGAUCAUUGCGACUAGCUAGACUUAAGAAAAUAUUUGAUGAGGGACAAAGCCUUCAACUUCAGUUUCCUUUGGAGGAUCUUGGUUUUUGUUAUCAAAAAGGAGCUCUCAUCACUGAGGGUGGUGAAGAUGUGCUGGAGUCAGUAGCAUCUGGUUCCCCUAAUCGAGGUUGUGGGGCUUAUUUCCCUUCUGCUAAACCAGGGCGCCGUUUGCCUCAUAUGCCAAUCGAUGCUCUGAAUGGAUCUUCCACUAAGGAUGGCUUCUCGACAUUGGAUUUAAUAUCUGGAGUUGAAUUCAUACUCAUUAUAGCUCCAGUUCAAAGUUCAUAUACACUCGCACGUUCUUCCAUUAAGGUGGCUGAAGAAUUUAAAUUGCCACUUAAAGUAUGCAUCAUCUGGCCUAAAGGUUCAUCCAUCCAGAAUGUGAACAGCAGUGAGGUUGUAUUAGAGCCCUGGAAGAAUUUCAUUGAUGUUCAGGAGGCUACUAGAUCUUUAAAAUCAUGGUGGGAGCUGUGUCAAAUGUCAUCCAAUGGAGUCAUUUUAGUAAGACCAGAUGAACACAUUGCAUGGAAAGUAGAGUCUAACAGCAUGAAUGAUAGCUAUCUGGAGUUGAAAAGAGUGUUUUCUCAGAUACUGCAACUCGAUGAAGUUGACACUUGAAGAAAUCCUUGAGACACUAGGGUGGUGAUGCAUUAUGGGAGCUCCAUCCAUCACAUUUCUUGCUUUUUCUGAUGCUUUGCCCAUCCGUAAGUGUUGUGGAUUAUGCUCAAACUCUACAAUGGGUUUAAAUUAGUCAGGUUUAAAGACUGUACCUUGAUGUUUCUUCACUACUCGGCUAAUGUUCAGCGGCUAAAGUUCCCACACUAGCCAGGAUUGGUAGUCGGGCGUCUCCACAGUAAAAUGUUUGUGGAAUGUGCAAGGGGCUCAUUAAUUUAUUGAAUGCUAGGAGUGUUUUGUGAUUUGGUUAUGUAACUCUGGCUGAUAAACAAAUCUCUCAUUUUUCAGUGCCUAUGCAUCAUAUAUUGCUAGAAGUGCCAGAUAUAUUUAUGCCAAGCAAGAUAGAAUACAACAGUUAUAUCAUCAUUCCUUGGGAGAAAGCAAAAAUGCUUAUCUGUUUGAUUUUUCUGAUACAAAGAUGAAUGAUGUACUCGAUACAAGUGUGUUAGUGAAGAGAUAAUGCCACAGUAGAGAUCUUUGUGGUUGUGGGUAUGCAAUUCUAGCCAUUGUUUUCUGAUUCUCUGGAAUUCUGAUCUGUGAAGGUUGCUGAAAUGGAGUUCCAAGUAACUGCUGCCACUGCUGAUUUUCACGUACUGUUAUCAGGCAAAUUCGAAGCGUGAGUGGUUCUUGUCCAAUAGUCAAUGUUCUAUAUUUUUCAUCCUAAUGAAGAAAAAUGUCCUGCAGUGCAUUAUAAUUGGAAUUCGAAUUAUGGAUGUUUGGAAAACUGUUUCAUUGGUGGUAAAGACGAAUACGUUCGUCCCCAGCGCCCCCGUCAAUCCAUCUCACGGCCAACACGGAGGAGGUAAAUCACGGACGACUACUAGCCUUUGGAAUAGUGACUAGUACAUAAGGGAGACAUUUACCUAUUGGAAAACUACUUCAUGCACUAUCGUUUGGGAGCUUGUAGAGUCAUUUUGAACUUAUCUGAUGAGCAGAAUCAUGAGUAAAUUAUUGAUGUAUUCUUCUAUUUGUGAUACUCAAAUAGUAUCAAUGAGAUUCUGUGGGCAGCGUGACACUCCCCCUUCGUCCAAGAA